UUCACAAUUCCAUGAAAAAAUAAAUAUACUUGUCCCUUUUGAACAUUCAAACCCACCCCUCAACAGCUCAACUAAGACCAUUUCAACCCUAACCCCUCAUAUACUUGAUUUUGUUCUUAACAUAAAUUUCUUCUUAUCUUCAACCAUAGCCAUAAACAUUACCAAAAACCCAUAACUUUUCUAAACAAAACUUGGAUCAAUGGCAACAAUGGCGUACAAGCCAGAGCAAUUAAAACAACUAAAAAACAUAUUCGAGCGUUUCGACAUGGACUCAGACGGAAGCCUAACGCAGCUGGAACUCGCAGCGUUGUUACGGUCCCUAGGGGUAAAACCAACAGGGGAUCAAAUAUACGCCUUGUUAAACAAUAUGGAUUCUAAUGGUAAUGGUUACAUCGAAUUUGAUGAAUUAGCCAAAGCUUUAUUGCCUGAGCUUAACAAUCAUGAUAUAUUGAUCAACCAAGAGCAGUUGUUAGAUGUUUUCCGAUUGUUUGAUCGUGACGGAAACGGCUACAUCACGGCGGCAGAGUUGGCGGGUUCAAUGGCUAAAAUGGGUCAUCCUUUGACGUACAAAGAAUUGGCUGAAAUGAUGAGGGAUGCUGAUACAAAUGGAGAUGGUGUUAUUAGUUUUAAUGAGUUUGCUUCUAUUAUGGGUCGAUCUGCUGCGGAUUUGUUUGGCCUUAAUGUUACUUGUCCUGUUGCUUCCUAUUCAUAAUCAAUUUCUUUUUAUUUAUUAUAUUCAUCUUAUCCCUUUGGAAAUUGUGCGCGCUUUUCAAUCAUGUUUAUAUAUUAAAUUGUGUUUAAUUAUAUUCUUGGAUUCAUUUCAUCAAA